AUGUUGAAUGUGGCUGAGAGUGACCUUGUGCAGGUGACCCUUUCACUCGUCCUCUUCAGUUGUUCAGCGAUUGCUGAUCAACAAGUAGCAGCGACGCAGCAGCAAAAGCAACAAACGACACAAUUACAAGCAGUUCUUAGGCCGAAACGUGAGCCGCCAAGUGAGUGGCAAGGCGGCGGCGGUCAUUACGGACCUUCCAGCGGCGGAGGCGGUUUUGGCGGAUCCGGAUUCGGAGGUGAUGCUGGCGGUGGCUUCGGAGGAGGCCAUGGCGGCGGUGGCGGCAUUUCCGACAGUUACGGACCCCCAAGCAGUCACGGAGGUGAUUCUGGCUUCGGCGGUGGCUCAGAUUUCGGAGGAUCCGAUGGUGGCUUUGGGGGAUACCCAGAAAGCAUUAGUCACGACGACCAUCAUCAUGAGCCAAAGAAGAAGCUCAUCUGGAAAGAGGAUUGGGUGAAGGAAUGGAAAGUACAGAAGAAACAAAUCUGGAAGACUGAAUGGAAAACCGAAAAGGUUCCCAUUUGGAAGAGCAUCCAAGUCCCAGUGUGGGUUGAGAAAAAAGUUCCCGAGUGGAAAGAAAAUAAAGUGCCUUAUUGGAAAGAGAUCACCCUUCCCGCAUGGAAAGAAGAAAAAGUUGCUCAAUGGAAGAAAAUCAACAAGCCAAUCUGGAAAGAAGUCAAAGUCCCCGACUGGGUCGAAGAAAAAGUCGCUGAUUACAAACAAAUCUGGAAACCAGAAUGGGUCAAAAUGGGAGUUCCUGGACCAAAACACUUGGGAAAAGAUCACGAAGGUUACGACUUAAUUGCUCACGAUUUAUGGCGCAAAAAGAUGAUCUGGAAGCCUUAUUGGCAAAAAGUGUGGAAAACACAAAAGAAACAAAGUAAAUUUUUAAAUUUUUAUGAAAAACGUAAAAUUUAUUAAUUUCCAUUAAAAAUAGUCUGGCGCACUGAGAAAAAAUUGGAAUGGAAGGAAGAAUGGGUUCAAUACUGGACCACACAAAAGAAACAAAUCUGGGUAAAGAAAAAGGAACAAGCAUGGAAGGUCGAAAAAGUACAAAUCUGGAAGGUUGUCAAGGAAAAGAAGUGGGCCACCGAGAAGAAAAUGUUCUGGGAAAGUCAUCAAAAGGCUAUCAAAGUCCCUGCAUGGGUCGAAGAAAAAGUUCCCGUGUGGAAGAAAAUCUGGAAACCCAUCUGGGUAGAAGACCACGAUCAUCACGAUGAUCAUCACGGAGGAGGUGGCCAUGGAGGAUAUUAA